AUGUCGACCAUGACAAACCGAAUUCACCAACAUAACGCCAAUACAAUAUCACAUCUAUCACAAGAAACUCCGCUACCUUUCAAGAAAUACACAAAGAAGAGGUCAUGGGUAUGGGACUGGUUUGAGCAAGACCCAGACAACAAGUAUAGGGCAGUAUGUUUGUUCUGUCAUCAGGAAAUAUUUAGACUAGAUGGCGACAGAGGAUCACCUAAAAAGCUCAUCACACAUGUCAACUCAAAGCAUGGAAUCAAUAAAGAUAAUUAUAAUGAUAUGGGACACAUAGAACUUAGAAAUGACAAGCUACGGAAUUAUCUCAACAAAGUUGGACCUCUUGUGACGAACAGAGAUGAUGCUAUACAACUAAGGAUAAUGACGGGUACACUGCAAGGCUCGCCCGAUUUAAUAUCACAGUCACCUCCACUUCUCGCUGGAAUGGACCCAUCACAGCAUACCGUAAUAGAUACCUCACGGUCUACACCGUCUUAUUCCAAUCAAGAUGCAACCAUUAUUGCUGGAGAGUCAAGACCCAUAUCUUUCGCAUCCCCACCUACUAGAAAUGAACCAAAAUACGAACCACGCUACGAGCACAAUCAUGAACCAAUAGAUAUGAACCAGAUAGACCCGUCACUUUCGGAGUAUAGACGGACUCGUCAGGAUGAGAAAAAGGACGAAAUCGUCCGCUACAAUGAUCUUGUCAUGAACCACAACCGUCAAGUCGAGGCAUACAACAAGGAUGUGAUAAUAAAAACGAAUGGUCAUCAAAAACCUUUAUUUCCACUUGUAGAACACGGUUUAGAUGAAAUACAAUUGGCUCCGGAGGAUAACGAGUCUCAAAAGGCACUUAAAUAUUUCAUUGCCGAAAAUUCUCUGAGUUUCGCCAACUUGAAUUUUCUUCUGACUCCUAGCUUUGAAAACUUCUUAAAUACUAUCAGGGACCAUCCGGAACAAAAACUAUAG